AUGGCAGCGCUAGUAGAUCUCUCCCAAAAGAUUGACCACGGUAUCAAGUUUGACGACAUCCGAAACCGCAUCGUGAUCACCGAGGAUCUCAUGAGAGAUCUGCGUAUCUCCGGUGUGCCGCAGGAACGUACUCCCCGAGAGCCGUCCCCGCCGAUCGACACGUCAAGAGCUCCCGCAGCUGCCAACGCCUGGCACCGGCGCUCACAUGCCACCUCGGCGGCCGUCUUGUACCGACAGUCUCGGAGGCACAUGUCCAGCAGAGCAACCUUCCCGCCGGGGAAACCGAUCUACAGGCCCACUAAGAACAGCCGAGAGCUGCCUCUUUUCCCUGAGCUCAGCGCCAACCAGUGCCAGCUUUUUGCGAAGCACAAGUACAGAAAUGAGCGAGGCACCGGCCGCAGGAGACCGAGGACUGAACCAAGCUAUAACACCCAGUGUUAUCAGCACAUCCUGGGCGAUGAGGAGGUGCGGAGGUUCCAACAAGAGCAGCAUGAUUUGAGGAGAGAGGCAGCCGGUACGCCGACGAAAUCGACGACUGACAUCAAGCUUCCAGAGAUCCAAACUCCCACGCCAAGUGUUCGAGAGAAGUACAUUGUCAAGUGGCUGUAUGGAGACCCUAACGGAAGAAGCCCUUACAUCACACCCAAGGACAUGAGAUUCAGACUGAGCAAAAAGAAGGGUACACCGAUGGAGAAUUUAAUUAAUAAGAAACUUAAUAAUACACCUGUUACACCGUUUGCGAAUGAAAUGAAGAGUUCACUAUCUUGACGUGCUUGUACAUGUAUUUAACAGAUCAAAAGUGAUAAAUGUUAUUUUCUUAUUUAAUCAAUUUUUUCAAGUUCCUGUUGAAGUUGUGGAGAAUCUGAACUGAGGUGGAGGGAAUCCUUUGAUAUCUCAAUCACGUACUCUGUCUGCUGAUGAGCUUUUGAAGAAAUCAUUAUUAAAUAGGACAGACCUCAAUAAAUUCGAAAACAAUUCUUCUUUACUUGCCGCGCGAUCUGUGAUCACCACUUACACCAGAAGAGUAAUGUUCUAAAUUUGAGCAGGUUCAAGUUUCCAAUUCCCACUUUCCAGUUUAUGUGCACUACGCCCUCUGCUGGCGCAUUAUGUUUAUGCUUUAUGGCAUUUACUGGCCUGGAAAUGAACUGAUUUGACUCAGUUAUGAGUUUUUUAGUGACCAUAAACACAAACUACUUUAUGCAUAAGUAGAAUUUUCAGACUCUGUUAGAAGUGCUAGAAGUAUAUAAACAAAAUUGCAAGACAAUCAAUAAUAGAUGUAGUUAAGCUUGCUAAGUCAAACGAGAACCGUUGAAUUUUUUACUGUAAACUAAAACUAUUGGCUUAAUGAACAAGUGAGAAUUGAUCCUUCAAAAGUUCGUUUACCCUUUCACUGUCAAAAAGAGUGGUUGUAUAUAAGGAUGCAUCUAUCCUAUGACAGUCAUACAAAAUGAAUGUACGACUUCUCCGAGUCAUGCUUAAUUAUCAUUUUAAUACAAUUAGGGGCUAACAGUUUACAGGUUGCUUUCUUUUCUGUUUGCAUACAUUACGGGGGAUUCACA